GCUCUCUUCUUCUCUAGCGAAGCGAAGCCUAUCUAUCUUGUAGAGAGAGAGAGAGAGAGAGAGAGAGAGGUUUUGAGAGUGAUGGCGAAGACAAAGAGGAAAGAGCUGUUAUCAUCGGCGCCAUGGAGAGGAGGAGGAGAAGAGAGCAGCGAUGGAGACAAGUUCAAAGACGCGAAGAUUAAGGUCACCAGCAACCCUGGGUCCACCCCCACCAUGCAUGUUCCUUCCAAGAAGAAGUUCUCCUCCGCCGAUGACGAUUCUCUCUCCGAGAUCGACGCCGAACUCCGCUACAGCUUUCAGCGUAACUUCCAGUUUCUUCAAAGGGUAUUCAGCAUCGACACCAUUGUGAAACCUCUUCCUCCUGUGAUGGCAUACAAUGUGUCCCGCAACUUGAGCUUCUUCACACGUAUUUUCACACAGUUCUUUGAUCCUGAAGGCAUCUCUAAUGCACAGAAAUCUCUUGGAUUAGGACAAGAAGAGAAAGUCCGCCGUGUCCGUUGAACAAAUUCUCAACUUUUGCUUACAACUGUUGUUUACUUUUGUACUAAAAAAAUUGUAGUUUGUCUUUCUAUUAAGGAAGAACUGCUAUACAUAUUGGAUUGCAUCUUGAGUGCAAAUGCAAUAACUUGGGACAUUCCAUGA